GAACCAGGAAAUCUCGCGAUUUUUGGACAGCGGGCUCGUCGACGUCAUCUAGUUAACGGUUUAUGUUUCAGUAAUCUUCUUGAGCUCUACAACUAGUUCACUCUGUUGUCCAUAUCAUAGUCCGACGGAGGCGAUAAAGUGCACGCACAGUGACGAUGCAGCCUGCAGCAGCUAAGUGGUAUGACAGACGGGACUUUGUCUUCAUAGAGUUCUGCGUGGAGGACAGUAAAGACCUGCAUGUACAUUUUGACAAGUCCAAGCUUGACUUCAACUGUGUAAGUGGAACAAGCGACAUCAAAAAUCAGAAUACGGUGGACCUUUAUGGGGAGAUUGACCCCAAAGAAUCCAAACACAGGCGCACAGACAGGUCUGUGUUGUGUUGUUUACGAAAGGCAGAGCCUGGGAAAGCGUGGCCUCGACUUACCAAAGACAAAACAAGGAGCAACUGUAUCAGUGUGGAUUUCAAUAACUGGAAAGACUGGGAAGAUGACUCAGAUGAGGACUUAAACAGUUUUGAUAAGUUCUCAGAGCUAUCCCCCCCACACACACAGACACGUGCACAGAGGCCACAUCAGUGGCAGCCUGAGCUACAUCACCAACAGAUGAUGAACAACAUGGGAGGAGAUGACCUCCCUGACUUAGAUUGUGCUGAUGAUGAGCACGGGUCCGCAGACAGCGACGAUGAAAAAAUGCCUGACCUUGAGUAGAUCUACUGGAGUGGUAAAACGUGAAGAUGGAAGUCGGCUGCAAGUUGACAGCAGUCAUCUUCUGGAAAAGAAAGCUUGUUUGUGCAGUUUCCAAAGCAAAGGAUGAAGGCGAUGAAGACAUGCACACGUCUUCUCCACAUGGACAACUGUGUUCCAAUCCAAAUGUUCUGACUGUAAAAAAUGUGCCGGUGUCUUACCCCCCCACCUCCCUUUUUUGUUCUGUGUAUUGUGAUUUCUACAAAGCCAGAUUUGUUUUGCGCCUAAAAAGACAAACCCCCCCCCUUUUGUAAUGAAAAUUGCACUUAUUUUGUUUGAUUACAAAAAAGAGGAAUGUUUUUAAUUGUAUAUCAACAUGUACGAAGAUUUAACAUUUGAAUGCAUUUCAGCCAGUGAAGUAAAGAAUGAUGUCAUGUGUUGAGAACGGUACAGUCCAACUUGUGUACAAAAUGUUGUGUAGCAAAUGCAACAAAAACACUUCUUCCAGAGGCAUUCUAAGGUAAAGACAUUGAUUCUAUACCAAGCCUUGUGCAGGUGAUUGAUGUGUUUCCCUCCCAAAAACAAAACACUAAAACUACACUUUGGAAGGUGUGUGGUUGAUCAAAAAUGUGUUUAGCAUCAUUUGUACUUGACUGUUGGCUCAAAAUUUCUAAUAAACUUUGUUCACUCUGGUCAACGUCA